ACAAUAUGCUGGUGAGACACAGAGGAGGAGUAAACCCCCAAGAGUUUUCACGCACACUCAUUGUUGAGAUGGUUCACUGAGAGUGGCGCUCUGUGGACGGACUUAUUUCCCUGACACUGAACACAACUGUAGAACCAACAUGAAAAAGCUUGCAAAGGCUCUGUAUGACAACACUGCAGAAUGUGCAGAUGAGCUGGCCUUCAGAAAGGGGGACAUCGUCACAGUGAUGGAUCAAAAUGUGGCUGGUACCAGUGGAUGGUGGAUGUGUUCCCUCUACGGACGGCAGGGCCUGGCCCCUGCAAAUAGACUGCAGAUUUUACCACAACAAACUGGAACUUGUGCAGGUCCACCGGGUCAUGAGAAAACCAAGCUAACGGAUGCUGAAGCCGAUCAAAGGGCGCAAAAUAUCUACCAAAUCCCAAGCGUUCCCCGGCCCUCCAGCAGCCCAGCUUAUGAACGCAUGGACAUGAUCUACAAGGUGCCUUCCACUCCUUUGUCUGCUUCGGUCCCAUCAGCACUUAAACACAGCCCAGAAGGACCUGAGGCUCCAUUUUUCAGCAUGGUGUCCAGUCCAAGAGGGGAGGUUUACGAUGUCCCGAACCAAGCAAGACGCACUUCUCUUUUCUCUGCAUCAACAACUCCAAGACACAUGCCACGAACAAGCUCAUUGCUCCCCAUUUCAGAGCUGGAGAAAAGAUUGGACUCUCUGGAGAGUUCAAGGUGCAGCAGUCCAGGAGACACUUAUGUGUAUGCAGUCCCACCACCUUUACAUCAGGAUCCAAACUAUGACAUCCCUGUUCCCUCUGCAACAGAAGCACAGAAAACGGUUGGUGGAUACAGCACCCUUCCAAAUCCCCGCAAGCCUGAGUGGAUUUAUGAUGUGCCAGUGGGUCCUGAGAAACAGAGUCCACCUCGAAGCCCCUAUGACACCAUGCCAUGCAGGCAGCUGUAUGACACUCUCCCAGCACUUGCUUGGCCCAUCCAAAGAGCCGGUCCAGCUCCGUUGCUUUAUGACAUACCAAAGCCCUGUACUCUUGACAGUCCUCCUAAAGUGCUGCCAAGGAUUCGGGUUUACAACAAGCCUCCAGCUCAGAGGCUUACAGAGGACUUAGUAUAUGCAGUUCCCCCCCAGGUAGAACCUCACACCAGAGCUCUAAAUGAUCCCCCUCGGGAUCAUAUACCCUUAGAGUGCAGGGGUGACUCAAGGAACGCUCAUGAAGUCAAAAGAGUGCGUCUGCAGAGAAUGAGGAACUUCCUUGCCUGCACAUCUUUCCAUGACCUUCCAGGAAGUGGGGACUCACUGGUGCAGGACGAUGACGAGCAGGGAAGAACCCUACGUCUCUCUGCAGCAGAAAGUCAACGAAUCAGCACGGCCUCCAGCUCCUCCACCAGCUCCUGUGACUCUCUGGCUCUGAGCUCGUCCUCUCCGGAGCCCCUGCGUGAAGUGACACUUAGCCAAGACGAGGCCUGCCUCAGACUUCGAGAGCUGCAAGACUGUGUUUGCAAGGCUGUGCCCUGUCUCAUGGACUUUGUCAGCAGUCACUGGAGAAGCAGAGACCAUCUGGAGAAACACUUGAAGGAGAUCAAAGAAGCAGCAGAGGGGAUUGCAACCUCUCUGGCAUGCUUUCUGAACUUUGCCCUAGACGUUAAGGGCAAUGCCCGACGUCUGACAGACUCAAACCUCCAGACGAGGCUCUACAAACAGCUAUCAAUCAUAGACGACUCGGGUGUCAUCCUACAGCAAACAGUGAGUGCUCUGAACAUGGCUGGCUGGCCUCUCAACAUGCUCUGUCAGGACCCGGGGCAGGUCCAGACACCAGACCAACUAGAGCGCUUUGUCAUGGUGGCACGGACUGUUCCAGAAGAUGUCAAGCGCCUGGUGUCCAUCAUCACUGCCAAUGGCAAACUUUUGUUCAGACCCCCACAAAGAGACCCGGAGCAUCUCAGCACUCAAAUUCAGCCAGACACAAAGAAGAGUCCUGAUGUGAGCGAGCAAGGACAGAACCUGGUGGAUGAUGAUGACUAUGUGGAGCUACAGGCUGAAAACACUCACUCCUCUGAGUCCAGCAGUGAAGCAGAAGAACAGCAACCAUCCCCUCUGUUGGACCACUGCCGUAUACGGCUGUACUUUGGCGCCCUUCAAAAGGCCAUCAAGGGAUUUGUAAGCAGCCUUCAGGAUGGCCAGCCUCCAGAGAGAUUCAUCUCACAGAGUAAGCUGGUCAUCAUGGUGGGCCAGAGAUUGGUGGACAACCUGUGUAAGGAGGCCCAUCGUGAAGGGCCCAACCAGAGACUGCUGAGUAUGAGCAACCACCUGUGUGCUCUCCUGAAGCAGCUGGCUGUGGCCACCAAGAAGGCGGCGCUGCACUUUCCUGAUACCGUAGCUCUGAAUGAGGCUCAAGAGUUUGCGAAGGAACUCGCCCAGAGAGCACAGCACUUUAGGAUAUCACUCGACCUGUGAGAGCGUACGCAGCAGGCAUUCUGUUUGUUCGUACUGCUUGAGACAUUUGUUCUUUGGAAUCAGUGAUUUAGCUUUAGGUUUCAUUUUUCUUUCAUGUGAUAUUCAGGCUUCACCAGCCAAAAGGGACUGUGUGCUGACUGUUGUUAUUAUAAUAAAAUCAGGUGCUGGUUUAAAUGUAAAGGAAAUACGAAAACUUGCUGGGACAAGCAGAAGAAUCGGAAUAUGGAGUUGUGUUUUUACUAAAUAAAAAAAUUCAACAAAGUGGAGUUUUAUAAAUAAUUGCACAUUCAGGAUACUGUACUCAAGCUUAAAAUGCAGUUUUAAUAUGUAACUUUUUUUUUUUACAUUAUUCUAUACACUUUAAAUGCUGUUUGUUAUAUAAGUGCUGUAUGUAUUUUAUUAAAAAAUAUUGCAUUAGAGUUUUUCUCCUUAGGGUAGCGGUUUGAUCAGCUCCACUUUUUGUUGAUAUCUCUGUAAAUAUUCUUUAAAUGUGUUAUCAUUCCUGAACUUUUCUUCACAAAGGUCUGAGUGUAAACAUUGCUGUUAUGACGCCCUAAUAUUAAAAUAAAAAAUGGGAAACUCUA